GUUUACUGCAGACGACACGGUUCGCUCUACACACGCCGCUGAGCAGAGGUCGAAACUUGAGUCUGCCGAGGGAAAGAUUCUCAUCCAGCUUUACUUGGGAACCCAAUAGUUGAAUUAGGCGGCCAAAAUGACAUGUUGUUUAGGAAACUACGUGCUUGCGUGCAUGGUUCUUGCGUUGUUUGCUCAGCUGUCAAAUGCUAUUAACGCUAAAGGAUGUACGCCCUUAGACUCCUGGACCUUCGAUAAGAUAAUUCCCAAAUUUAAGGCUGCUAUCGUCAAAUUCGACAUUGCUUAUCCAUAUGGCAAGAAGCAUGAUGAGUAUACAAGAUUAUCAGCUGCAGGUAGGGGAUCGCCUGAGCUUCUGGUAGCAGAAGUAGGAGUCAAGGAUUAUGGUGAUAAUGAAAACAUGGACCUUGCUGAAAGGUUUGGAGUGGUUAAAGAUGAUUUUCCUGUCGUGAAACUAUUUGUUGCAGGGAAAGAGGAUCCUAUAGAUUUUGACGGUGAAUUCAACGAAGAAAACUUGAAGAUGUUUAUCAGGCGUCAUUCUGAAAUUUAUAUUGGGCUAGAGGGAUGUCUUGAGGUUUUUGACCGCAUUGCAGAUAAGUUCAUGGUUUCUGAGAAUGUUAAAGAGAGAAAAGAACUGUUGAGAGAGGCAGAAGAUGAAUGGGACAAGAUAAAGAGCCCAUCUGACAGGCCAAUUGCAGAAAUGUAUGUCAAAGUUAUGAGGAGGGUAUUAGAAAAAGGCAAUGAAUUUAUUUCCACAGAAACAUCAAGAGUGAAUGGUUUGAUGGCAGAGAAGCUAACCAAGGAAAAGAAGGAUGAAAUGCAAGGGAAACUUAAUAUACUAAAAUCCUUUGUGAGAGAUGAAUUGUGAAUAGUAUGAGCUUUUCUCAAUAUGAACUCUUGGUGUUCAGAUUCAUGACGUGUAGUUUUUAACUGGUGGAAACGUGAAUGAGCAUUGCUCUUGAUAUAUAGCACAAUGUUUCAAUUUCAAAGGUUUUUAUUACAGUACCUUAAGUAUUUUAUAGUUAUUUAUUAUUUAUUGUGAAUGUAUUUAAUAAAUAUUGUAUCACUUUUAACAUCAAAUGUAAAAAUAUAAGGUAGUAAAAACCAAAGGCCAAAUAAAUAGGUUUGAAUUUCAGUACCAGAUAUUUGUCACAAAAUCAUACAUAGACGUGUAGUACAAUGUUUGUUCAUUAUGCACAAAAAUGUUGAACUGAUUUUUUUUUUUUUUUUUUUUUUUUUUUUUUUUUUUGCAUUAUGUACUGAGACCUAAAACAAUUAGGUGUUGUGAAAGGUGAAUUGUAAAAGGUGAUGUGAAAGGUGAACUGUAAAACACUAGAUAACUUAAAAUAAAAUACUGCUGGACAUUCAUAGUAAAGUACCAAAGAUUACUUAGAUUUAAGACUAUCAAUUUAUUUUAGAAAGGUUUUAAGCAGGUUGUUAUUUCCUCAGGCUUUUUUUUUAUAUAUAUACGUAUAUAUAUUUAACCAAGUGUUUCAUUCAAGGAUUUUCAUGGUACCAGUGUGAUGUACUGAUUUUAUUGUGGCAAGAAUUUGACAUUUCCAAAUUGUACAAAAGUUGGUAAUUUAAAAUUCCAGUCUCAAAGUUGGACCAAUUGCAUUACAUGUCUUACCAUGUGUCUCAGAAUGGUUGAUACUGGUGAUUGUUAUGCAACAGUUUACUAUUCAUAUGGAGUCAAACCACACCCUUACUGUAGACUGUUACUCCGAUACAGAAGGGCUGAUUGACUUAUAAUUUACUAAAAACAUUGUGCUCUUCCAAGAGCUAUCAACUUCUUAUUGUUGCAUUGUACUCUUUAAAAUGUUCUGCCAAUUGUUUACUGAUAGUUUCUUUUCAAACGGUUCCUUUCAGCUGAAAUUUGCGUCUUUGCAUAUCACAUAUUCUUUCCCAUAGUGUAAUCUGAACCAAUUGGUGUCAUCGCAUCAUAAUCUCAGUGUGACCAGGCAUAAUUACCUUAUUGGUUUAGGCAACCCUACCUACUGUGACUAAUCCUCCACCUUCUGGGAAAUAUACUAUAACUACACAUUGGCAACUAACUCGCAACCAGAACCAGACCUUAGUUGUAUUACAUCCUAGAGUAAGUUAGGAGCGAACCAAUUAAUUGUUCUGCCUGAAGUGUUAUUUAGCUAUAUCAGAGUAGUGGUUUACAAUUAAUCUGCAUACCUAGAGAUUUGUUUAUUAUAAAUUUCUUGUAGAUUAAAAUCAUUGUCCAGCAUUGAGGCCCUUUCCAUACAAAAGAACUUCCCUCGGCAGCAAUUGGAUGCACAAGCUAUGAGCCAAAUUUCAAGUUGAGGAAGAUAGGUGAAAAGAAGUGGUGCUGAACCCUACUGGUAGAGCAAGGGUGUUGUAAAUUCUUAGGUGAUUGGCCCUUUUAGUACCGAAGGAAUAGGCUUUAGCAUGUGAAUUACUUUUUUAUUCACAGCAAAAAUUUAUUUUAAAAACCUAUGUAUUUAAUUUUGUUCAUACUGUUAUCAUAGUUGAUGAUUAUACAUUUCUUAUUUGUUACAGGUUCAGGUAGGAGUCCUAUAAUCUUUAAAUCUUAUUACUUUUAUCUUAAAUUUUGUAUAAGUUUGUAAAAGGAGAAAAUUCAGAUAAGUCAAGUGCACUGCUUUUUAUGUAUCUCAAAGGAUUUAAAUUUCAUUUCACAGUGCUCAUGAUCUAUAAAGGAAUUGUCAGCCAAUUUUCCAGAAAAAGACAUUAGCAUUGGUUUUAUUCUUGUCCUCUGCAAAUGGUCUUACAUUCAUAAAUAAUAAGUUGAAAUAUGUGUUGCCUAGUUAUCCCCUAAAAGACAAUUGUUUUACCAAUGAUUAUAGUUUUAUGUACAAAACUAAAUAUUUUUCCUUAAAAGGCCAUGUUGUUUAUUAGCCAGCAGUUAUGUUGGGUAUAAAAUGUAAGAAUGUGGAAAUGCAUGCUACCAUCAUAUAUAUUAUCAGAGAUAAAUAAAAAGAAAGCUUUGCUUCCUGUGUUCGACAAUUAGAUAUUUAAUGGAAGUAAACAUAUUUUGUUUGUUAACCGCAUAUUCUCUGACCAAAAAUAUUUUUACUGAGUGGUUAGUACAUACAAGUGUGAUGAAGAUGCAGAUGAGGAGGAAUGAUGAAAGUAUAAUGAAUAAAGUGUUUAUCAUUAUUAUGUUUUAUUCUUAUGAUUGUGUAAUCAAAGUGCCUCAUUAUUCAUAUUUGUGAUAAAAUUGAGUGUAUACUGUGUAGUAUAAUACAGGUUAGUAUUACUGUGUUGAUACUGAUUUUUAUUUCAAGCUCUUCCAUAUUGCUGUAAUUUGUUAAUAUACAGAAAUGUUCUCCGAAUGCAACACAUUUUUGUUUCUUAGUUCGGUUAUGAAGGUAGUAAUGCUAAGCUGAAAAUUGGUGGUACAAUAUGUGCUGUAAUAGUGCUGGGAAAGUUUUGCAAGAAGUUGUAUGGUGACUGGAUUCUUGUGUUAUUAAGCGUCAGAUAUUAAAUUUAAGUGAGAAAUGGUAGAACUUCCAUGUGACUGACCAAUGUAAGUAGAUUUACCAUAGAAAAUACAAAUGUAGACUAUGAUUUUCCUUUUAGAACAUCCGAGUGUCUGUAGUCACUGUGAUGUCUUUGAUGUUGUUGAACAGUGUUGGUAAUGGUGUUGUUUGCACUUGUUUCUAGCAGGUUUUUAAAUAUGCUAGUUUUACAAAGCUGUUUGUAAUGACAAUUAAUUGUACUGAAUGGUGUAUGGGACUCAAUAUUUUCUAAUCAAGGGGAAACAUUUUUCCAUCAAGAAAAAUGAGGGUUUGCUAUAGGGGUUGAGCCAAGGAAAACACUUUAUGGUGAUUAUUAAGGCUGUACCACAUUUUUACUUCAAUUUUACUAUGUUCAAGUCUAAAAGAUUGUUUGAAAUGGUCAUCAUUACUUGAAUUACAGGGUAGAUACAGUUAACACCUAUACUGACAUUUGAUUUAAAAUUUUGAUGCAGACUACAGUUAAAAGAUUGUAUCACGAGGCAUUUGAUUGAGCAAUAAUCUUCAGUAAAUCUUUUCAGAUGAUAAUGAUUUAGUUGUUGGAUGUGUUGCAGAGUAAAUUACAUUUUAACAACGUGUUAUUGACUGUGAUUUAUUUAAAGUCCUUAUACUGUAUUGAAAAUUGGUUUUCAGAUGAAUUCUGAUAAUAAAAGUCAUCAUAUUUAGAGCAUAAAUGAUGGAAUGUACUGCAUUUUCAGAAAAGUAUAAUGAGACUAGUUGUAGUUGAAAGAUUGGAUGGUUAGGCAGUUAUGUCCUCAUAGUAGUUUGCAUUUGUAUAUGAAAACGUGUAUGGUUAAUCUUAAAGUUAGUUAUCGUAAAGUAUGAAGUAUUUAUUUGAAAUUAUUCUUUAGCUAACAAUAUUGAUCUAAAGGGCCUAAAAAUAUUUGUAAUAUUGAAAAUUUUUGUACCAAAUCUCGUAUCCCUUCCCAGUCUCCUCAUAAGAUUUUAUCUUUUCAUAUACAUGUAGGUCAGCUAAUGUAUAUAGGAAACUGUUAAUGGUUUAUUUUGGGAGGGAUGAAAUAUUUAAAGUUUUGUUAGCUUUCAGCUGAUAGAUGAUAUGAUAUAAAAAUAGUAAUGUUCACUUUCCAGAUUGGAUUCAGUGGUUGUAUGUUUUAUGUAAUUUUAAGUUUAUUUCCUCUUUAAGUAGGAUGCUUGAUGUGGAUCAUGCAGACUGAAUUUAAUAAAUUUUCUUUGGAAAAAUUAACUAUUAGAAUUGAAAAUCAAGUGGCAGGGAACUCUGCACUGAUGAAGAUAAUAUAGGAUGUUGCUGUGGUAAUUUUGAUGGUAAGUAUAAAGUGAAAUAUUAUGAUAACAUAAGUAAGGACAUUUAUGGUCAGCGAGGUUAGCUUGUCAGUUGUGGAUAUAUUAAGUGGCCUGAUGUAUUGAUAGGCCCAAUCUUGUCAAUAGUAAAAGUAUUGGCUGAAUUGAAAAUGGUUUUUUUUUAUAGACUGCUUUUUUAAGCCAUUAUAAAUUAGGAGCUAUCUUCCCAAGCCUAUUACAUCCAUUUGCCCUUAUGAGAAACAAAGUCUUCUGUAUGAUCAUAGCUGGUUGAUUCUUGGUAGCUUAAUUCUUCUUAUUGCAGUGCAACCCAUAUGCAGUAAUUUAUAAUGUGAUAGCCACUACAUUAAUGCAUUGUACCAUGCUGCCAUUUCUCUUGACUUUAUGUAUCCUUUCCAUAAGAGGGAAUUUGAAACUAUGUAGUAUGUAAUUUGAACUAAAAAUAACCAACUAUGCUCUCUUUAUCAAUAAAAACUGUGGAUCUUGCAUUUAGAUGAAA